AGGCGAAAGGAAGACUAAAUAAGAAGAAAAAGGAAGAAGCGAGCAGAGGUUUGGCUUAGUAGAGGCGGCAGUGCCUGCUUAGGGUUUUGUUGCCUACAUCAUUUCAUGAGAUCAAUAUCAAUGUGGAGGAAAGCCACAUCAUUCUCAGGGUUUGGUGCCACACUGAGCCACCACCUAUGCCGGCGCCACUCCACCGCCACGGCUGUGAACUCGGUGCUCCUCCGCUCCCUGAAAGAGCACUAUCUGGAAGUGUCCAAAAUGACCCCUCCCCCUAAAGUCAACCCUCCCUCGCCUUUCACCGUCGUCAAGGGCGCGCUCGACGGCGCCGGUCCCGUGCUCAAGCGCAGCUACGGCGACGAACAAAUCGGCAUAUCGGUCAUGCGAAUGGAUAAUAUUAUUCCCGGCGGAGGUGCCGCCGGCGGAGGAGAAGACGCCGACGACGACGACGACGACAUCAACCAGUUGUUCCUACACGUCGAGGUUUCGAAGCCGGGACAGAAGGAGUCUCUGCUUUUUCUUUGUGGGCUGUAUCCGGACGCCCUAGGCAUUCACUCUGUCUCUAUCAGGCCUAUGGCCGACGCCUCUGAUUACGCUGCGCCUCGUUCUUCAGCAUAUACUGGCCCUCUUUUUGAAGAUCUUGAUGAAGGGAUGAAGGAUGCAUUCCACAGCUACAUAGAAGAGCGGGGUGUGGGUGAUAGUCUUUUUCCAUUUCUUCGAGCAUGGCUAUAUGUCAAAGACCAUCGUAAUCUUAUGCGCUGGUUUAAAACAGUAGGAUCAUUUGUUAAUGAAACCAAGUCAGUUUAAGAUUCUUAGCUUCAGAAAGUCAUUUAGAGAUAAAUUAAAAAAAACAUGUAUUUAGCAGUUUCAAUGCUACUUUUCCCUCAACACUAAUUUGUCCUAUUGCGGUUUGGCUAGUAGAAAUUCUUUGGUGUUUGGCUCUC